AUGCUCGCUGCUGCUGCCCUUGCAUGCCUCUGCGUCUUUAUCCCCAACCAAAAGGCAGCGCAGAGUGAAGCAUUGCAAAGCUUGUGGGGGGGCAGGGGAGCGACGCGGGAGAAGAGGCCCGAUCACUAUCCGGGGAUCUCAUACUUUGCGAAGCAGAGAGAAGAAGAUUGGCAUGCAAGACAUACAGUUCACCAGACAAACUCAGAGACUGUAAGGGGACCGAACAACCAGAAGUUAACUGGAAACCAAGCGAGGAUCGCUAAGAAAUUCCAAGCGCUGCGUGGAGGAGGUGCUGACUACAGCACCUUUAAGGACCGAUAUUAUGCAGAAAACCGCCGAGAAGGUCGAUUAGCUAAUGCUCCAGUAGCCCAGUUGAGAGAAAGUCCAAGGCCGGUAUAUCCAUCACGUGGUUUGCCGCAAGGAAACCCAUUCGAGAACCUUCGUAGAGUCCCAAUGCCAGCAAAUCAGCAGGCAAGACAAGGAUACGUGCACAUGAUGCCCGAGCAUACUUUUGGUGGUUAUGGAAUGACUUCAAGGUGGCAAGGCGAUCACUCUCAGGGUCGUUUUCGUGAACCCCGGACAAUGUUCCGUUCCAGAAGAGCCGAUGGGGGCUUCUUUCGUCAGUCAUUGAAUGAAGAGCCAGCUCAAGAUGCUGCCAAAGAGGAUGAAGCAAACCCAGAAGUAGCGAGAGCUUCUGGAGAUGAAACUGAGGAUCAGGGAGAGGAAGGGCAAGGGAAUGAAGCCAAGGGAGAGGGAGAAAUUUCUGCUGACACUCCUGAAAUAUCGCAAGAAGGGAAUGGUGAGCUUGGAGAAGAAGGGGCAAAUGAUGAUGGUGGACACGAUGACAAUCAGGUCAAGGAUGAAUGGGGAGUACCAUUAGAUGGGAAUGGUGAUCCUUCACCAUUGCACUAUCAAUGGGAUAUUCCAAGCGAUCAUCCACUCGUGACGGAGAAGGAUAGGAUGGAUGCCAUACGGAAGGCAGAGGAGAAGAUUGAAGAGGGGCAGAAAGAGCUACGCGAUGAAUGGAAGGAACUCAUGAAGCAUCCCCCGGAUGUGUCGGAGUCCACACGGCCUGACAUUAUGGACCCUGACGACUUUCCAACGGCAACAGAAGUUUUUCACAAGAAGCACCGUGAAAUGGAAGAAUUCCGAGAUGCUCUUGAUGCAUUUGUCCAUGAUCCUCAAUUCAAUCCAUUCAUUGUGAUGAAAGCUCACCAGAUUGCCAAGUACGGAAUUCCAGCGCCUGAAACUGACAACAUCUUCGUCUGGCGGAAGUGGUAUCGGGAAGUUCUUGACAAGUAUCAGAUCUUGAAGCACGAAGUUGAGAAAAUCGCGUCUGGAAAUUGGUACUCGGAAGAAUCAGACUACAGGAGGCAUGAACUGCACCGACCAGGAGCAUACAAACAUGUAUGGAGGAAUCGAGAUGCCUGGAGCCCCAGGGAGGGCCCCCCGUCUGAACACUCUGCUGUGGUCGAGACCGGCAUGACCAACUUUACAGAGAUUUCUGGGGAGGUCGGUUACAACGUCUCCAAUGCAACAAGGGAGGAGGAAAAUGGACCUGCUGAGGUUCAUGCGUCGCCUGUGGUUUCAGAUUUAGAGGGCAGGGUUGACAAGAUGGAGAAGGAGCUCAAAGAGUUAGUCCGGCUGGUGAAGGAUUCGAAGGAGCCACCUACAAGCGAGGAUCAGACAGCCAGGCAGAAUGCUUCGGAGGCUGCAACGGAUGCGACCAAUUCGAGUAAGGCUGAGGAGCGCGAAGAGACUUCAUCGCGUCUCAAGAUUGGGGAAAAAGGGAAGUCACUGUUGUAUCAUGGUAGAUCCAGUUCAAGUGCUCCUCGUCACAAGGAUCAAGCAGUGUCUACCUCGGAAGAUAAACUUUUCCUCCAUCCUCCCAAAGAAGUUGAACGAUGGCUUGCCAAGGCGUUCGAGAGUGCUGCCCAAGAAGACAAGGGGGAGAAGUCAACCAAGUCGAAGCUUUCCUCAUUAUCCAGGAGUGUGCAGCAUGGAGGCGAUUCCACAUCAAAGAAAUCAAAGAAAGACGGCAGUUUCAUGCGGACAGGCCCUAGCUCGACAGCCCAUGACGGGGACCCACUUGCUCAUGUCACGAAGGCGUUGCUGAAGGCGAACAGCAAGAAGGAGCGGGCAGCAGAGAGGCUGGAGAGUAAGAGAAAGAAGAUCAACUCUCCCUCGUUGGACAAGAAGUUUGUGGGCGGGAAGACGAUGUACAUACCAAGAUACGAUCACAAGAAGACCUCGGGGGAUGGGUGGGGUUGGCUCUGGGGCUGA